AUGACCCCUAGAGAGGUUGCUGUCUUCCUCGAAGCUAUGGGAUUUCCUUUCGAUACAAACAUCUACAUAGUUGCAGGAGACAUUUAUGGUCAAAAUGGGAUUAAAGAACUUAGAGCAAAGUAUCCAAAUGUAAUAACUCAUUACGAUUUGGCUACAGAAGAAGAAUUAGAACCUUUCAGGAAAUGCCAGAAUCAGCUUGCUGCCUUGGACAAUAUUAUAGCACUUGAAAGUGAUGUUUUUGUUUACACAUACGAUGGUAACAUGGCCAAGGCCGUAAAGGGUCAAAGAGAAUUCGAAGGUUUCCGGAAAACCAUCUGCCCUGACAAAUGGAAUUUUGUGAGAUUGAUUGAUCAAUACGACAAGGGUUUGAUAUCUUGGGAAUCAUUUAAAUCAAAGAUUAAGAGUUUACAUGAAGACAGGAUGGGAGCACCACAUUUAAGAACUAUUGCAGAUUCUCCAAGAACGGAGGAGAGUUUCUACGCAAACCCUUAUCCUGGUUGUAUAUGUGACAAGUCUAAAGACUUACCAAUUUCAUACAGAACUAACAGAAGACGAACUUGGUGA